AGUGCAAUUUCGCGGCGGGAAAAGUAACCUCCAUUUGUUUUUGACAAAUAAAUUUGGAAUUCUUUAAAUUCAACUCUUCAUUCAAUUGAAAUCACUCAGCACAAAGCACACUUCUGUUUUGUGCUUAGGGUUUCAAAAAUGUCUCGCAAAGGCAAAAACACCGUCGAAGAAGAACAAGUAUUGCAGCGCGUGAAGAGAGAGCGCGUCAAUGCCAACGACAACGACAACGACAACUCCACGGCGGAGCAAAACUCCUCAAUCCGCCGUAUCAUCCGCUCCGAGUUUCUCAAACUCAAGUCUCUCAUCAACGAGAAGAAAGAUGAUUUGCUUGACGCCGAUUCGGACAAAUUCGAUUCGAUUCUGAGCGAGUUUGACAAGUUACAUGAUCAAGUUAAGAGGCCUCGAGAACAGGUUGCAGACGCUGAGGCGCUGCUCGAUCUCACUCGCAGUUUGGUUGGAUCUGUGAAGUCUAUGGUGAACGAAGGUGUUACUCCUUCUCAGUUUGUUUCUUCGUUGAUUCAACGAUAUGCUCCUUCGCCUAAUAGCUCCGUUGAUUGGCGAAAACUCGGAAGUUCGGUUUCCCACAUUUUUCUCACAGUUCAUGGAUCUUCCACCAUGCUUGGUCCCAUGGAAAAUCAGUUGAAACAGCGCAAGACAGUAGUGACUAGAAAGCGAGGGCCUCGUUCUGCUACAACUGAUAGGCCUGAACAGCUGAAUGAUGCUGUUGAAGGGGAAAAAACUGAUACUGACAAAAACAUGUCAACCAUGUUUAACAUAUUGAGGGAAAAUAAAAAGGUGCAGCUUGAACACUUAAUUUUGAAUAGAUUUUCGUUUGCUCAGACAGUGGAGAAUUUGUUUGCCCUGUCAUUCUUAGUGAAAGAUGGUCGUGCUGAGAUCAAUAUGGACAAAAACCAUUCACACUAUGUUUCGCCAAAAAAUGCUCCGGCUGCCAAUGCUGUAAUGUCAAAAGAAGUUUCUUAUACUCAUUUCGUCUUCAGAUAUGAUUACAAUGACUGGAAGAUAAUGAAGGAUCUUGUGCCAGAUGGUAAAGAGCUAAUGCCACAUAGGACUCAACACAGCACUGUGGAUGGCUCAAAGUCAGAAAUGGAUGGUGACAAUUCUGCACAAGCUUUGCCUGUUACUCCUAUUAGGAAGAUAUCCCGUAACCGAGGGCGGGUUUUGCAGGAGGAAAGUGUCGUUGAAGAAUCUCCUGAAUGUGACGAUGAAGAUGCUUCUAGAGAGGCUGCAAUCCGAAGGUGUAAGCGGAAACUCCAUUAAGAAAUUGCAUAUUAGGUACUAGAUCAACUUAGAAUGUACCCUAUUAGAAUGUAAAUAAUUGUAGAUCCACGGAAGUACAAUGCCUUUUUGACUUCUUGCAAAUGCUUAGAAUGCAAACAUUCAUUUUUUUAGCCGACACCACUUGAUGAGAGAAGUCUUUAGUUGUUGUUAGUUGUUGUGGGAUGUAGCUUCAUCUACCAUCUCUUUUAGGUACUGUCUUUAAAUUGGUGAAAUGUGUAACCCUGUUAAGUGAUUGGUGAUUGCCUUGUUAA